AUGGUCUUGCAACAGCAGUAUCUAGAAAAAGGUUUCAAGAAGUCUACACCAUUGCCUGAAGUGGAUGAGGUGUAUUCUCAUUAUGCUAAGCAUGGAAAAGGCCGUGGCCCUAUUCGUGGUCGUGGUCAUGGUCGUGGCCGUGGACAAGGAAGAAAUUUUCCUGGUGUUAAUCACCCCCUAAAGAAAAAUAACCACCAAAAGUGGAAAGGGAAAGAUGAGAAGUCAAAUGCAAAUGGUUCAGAAACUGAAUGUUAUCGUUGCAGUGGAAAAGGGCAUUGGGCAAAUAUUUAUCGUGUACCAAGACAUUUGGUUGAGCUUUAUCAAGCAUCUCUAAAGAACAAAGGUCCUGAAGCCAAUUUUGUCUCUAACAAUGAUUUUGAUAUCACCCACUUGGAUGUGACAGACUUCUUUAAGCACCCUAAUGAAAAAAUAGACCACCUGAUCGGUGAUAGAUCCGUGGUUAAAGAUGAUUGA